AUGAAUCAGGACCAGGAAACGACACCGCUGCUGGAUCGGCGUCAACGGGUCGAGGUAAGCGAGGACACCGAAUAUCUCGACGGCAAAAAUGCUCGCGGAAGACGCUGGAUCAAAUGGGUGGUAAUCUGCGUCUUAGCUCUGAUAUUGGCCGGUUUAACAGCGUUUGGAGCGGUAUUGGUGAAGAAGAUACCCUCUCAGGACGCUAUCGAGGACAGCGUCAUUCGAGUGUCCAAUUGGCAGAUAGAAAAGGUAAAUGUGGACGGAUGGAGGAGAGGCGAAACUCUCAACAAUGAAGACGGAGAUGCGCUACAAUUGACAGUCAGGAUGGACUACUGGCCUAAUUUUGACGGAUGGAUUGCUGAUAAUAGUACAUUGCUGACGUUGCACGACAAGAAACUUUACAGAUCUGUGAGCGAGAGAUUCGUCAGGAGCAUCUGUUUAACGGUCAACAACGCUACAACUUACGAUGGCGCACAGACGGUCGACAACAUAUUGGGUGCCCUGCAGGUAAGAGACACGUUUUGUGUUGAUUUGCGCAACAACGUUCGCUCUCACUUAAAUUUAACGGUGCUCGUCGAGCCUCGGAUGGACAAGAUACUCGAGGUGUUGAAAAAAAUAUGGCGUCAUGAGUUUGACAAAUUGCAGAUAUCUUCUGAGGUGGAUUUGUCGCUCAGUAGGCGCAUGGUUUUGCUGCCGAAUGGUUGGGAUAUCCCGGUUUAUCGGUUGCACGCAUUGCAAAUCGACUGGAAAAGACUUAUAAGUUGGGACAAUGUUAAGGAUUCGUUCAAUCGCCUUAGGCAUCGGUUCGCUCCCGUCUCCAUACAAAAUUUCUCAUUGACGGACUCCACAAAUGGAUUUCAUUUAGAAACGACAACUGUCCCUCUCAGUUUGGGUGCGGAACUUGACUUUGUCGAAUUUCCAAAGGACUCGGUGGUGCCAUUCAUAGAUUGGGAAAUCAAACUCGCUGACUGCAUGGGGGAGUUCACAAUUGCAUUGCCCAACGUUUUCUGCUUUACAGAUUCAGUCGAAAUUCGUGAUGAUAUCCAACCCAAAGCGUUUGCUGAUAUUGAGGGCUCGCUACCUAAACAACUCCUUUCUCAAGUAUGUUGGUCGGACGAGGAGAAUGCAUUUACUCCAAUGACACUUCUUCUGAAUAAAGUCCUGAACGCCUCUGACGAGCUCACGUUUCAAGUGAAAGGACAUGUUGUGAACUCAACAAAAGACAGUAAUGCGCUCAUUCCACGUGGCAUUCUGCAGUCUUUCCUGGAUGACAUGUCAUUCUUUCCAAUUUCAACGAACCUUACGAUUGACUCUGCCGAUUUGAUUCAAAGGAUUACGAUAAGUAAAUUGAAAGCCAAAUGGGUAAGGGGUUUGUUCGGUGAGAGGAGGCUGAGCGUUACAGGAACCUUUAUUGGAACUAUUGCUCUUCCAUUCUACGAAUCCUCUAAAGAGCAGAUUUCUGUGGAGUACAUCAAGGGCAAAACGAGGUUGUACCAUCAAAAGGUUCAUUUUCUAACCGUUCCUAUGAGCUACUGGUCAAAAUGCAGCUCAGAAAUUUACCGCAAUGAAGAAAAUACGACGACUUUCAUUGAGCUUUCGGUGGAAGUGCGUGACGAUGAAGUCAAAAUCAUCAAUAAUUUGGAGCUCACAAGAGUUCUUAAUGAAGUCCUUUUCAGGGGUGAAGCGCAAGUCCAUCUGGACAGUGAGCUGGACUUACUGGUCUCAACUCCUGUAGGUGAGAUGGUUCUCUUGGGUCUAAAGGGAAAAGGAAAUGCUACUUUGCGUUCUUAA